AUGCCGACCCAGAGGGACAGCAGCACCAUGUCCCAUACGGUCGGGGGCGGCGGCAGCGGGGACCAUUCUCAUCAGGUCCGAGUGAAAGCCUACUACCGCGGGGAUAUCAUGAUAACACACUUUGAGCCUUCCAUCUCCUUUGAGGGCCUUUGCAAUGAGGUUCGAGACAUGUGUUCUUUUGACAAUGAACAGCUUUUUACCAUGAAAUGGAUAGAUGAGGAAGGAGACCCGUGUACAGUAUCAUCUCAGUUGGAGUUAGAAGAAGCCUUUAGGCUUUAUGAGCUAAAUAAGGAUUCAGAACUCUUGAUUCAUGUAUUCCCUUGUGUGCCAGAACGUCCUGGGAUGCCUUGUCCAGGAGAAGAUAAAUCCAUCUACCGCAGAGGUGCCCGUCGCUGGAGAAAGCUUUAUUGUGCAAAUGGCCACACUUUUCAAGCCAAACGUUUCAACAGGCGUGCUCAUUGUGCCAUCUGCACAGACCGAAUAUGGGGACUUGGACGCCAAGGAUAUAAGUGCAUCAACUGCAAACUCUUGGUUCAUAAGAAGUGCCACAAGCUAGUCACAAUUGAAUGUGGGCGACAUUCUUUGCCACCGGAACCAAUGAUGCCAAUGGACCAGUCCUCCAUGCAUUCAGACCAUCCACAGACAGUAAUUCCAUAUAAUCCUUCAAGUCAUGAGAGUUUGGACCAAGUUGGUGAGGAAAAGGAGGCAAUGAACACCAGGGAAAGUGGCAAAGCUUCAUCCAGUUUAGGUCUUCAGGAUUUUGAUUUGCUUCGGGUAAUAGGAAGAGGAAGUUAUGCCAAAGUACUGUUGGUUAGAUUAAAAAAAACAGAUCGUAUUUAUGCGAUGAAAGUUGUGAAAAAAGAGCUCGUCAAUGAUGAUGAGGAUAUUGAUUGGGUACAGACAGAAAAGCAUGUUUUUGAGCAGGCUUCAAAUCAUCCUUUUCUUGUUGGGCUGCAUUCAUGCUUUCAGACAGAAAGCAGAUUGUUCUUUGUUAUAGAGUAUGUAAAUGGAGGAGAUCUGAUGUUUCAUAUGCAGCGACAAAGAAAACUUCCUGAAGAACAUGCCAGGUUUUAUUCUGCGGAAAUUAGUCUAGCCUUAAAUUAUCUUCAUGAGCGAGGGAUAAUUUAUAGAGAUUUGAAAUUAGACAAUGUAUUAUUGGACUCUGAAGGACACAUUAAACUCACUGACUAUGGCAUGUGUAAGGAAGGAUUACGGCCAGGAGAUACAACCAGCACUUUCUGUGGUACUCCUAAUUACAUUGCUCCUGAAAUUUUAAGAGGAGAAGAUUAUGGUUUCAGCGUUGACUGGUGGGCUCUUGGUGUACUAAUGUUUGAGAUGAUGGCAGGAAGGUCUCCAUUUGAUAUUGUUGGGAGUUCUGAUAACCCUGAUCAAAACACAGAGGAUUAUCUCUUCCAAGUUAUUUUGGAAAAACAAAUUCGCAUUCCACGUUCUCUGUCUGUAAAAGCUGCAAGUGUCCUGAAGAGUUUUCUGAACAAGGACCCAAAGGAACGAUUGGGUUGUCAUCCUCAAACAGGAUUUGCUGAUAUACAGGGGCAUCCAUUCUUUCGAAAUGUUGAUUGGGAUAUGAUGGAACAAAAGCAGGUGGUACCUCCCUUUAAACCAAAUAUUUCUGGAGAAUUUGGCUUGGACAACUUUGAUUCUCAGUUUACUAAUGAACCUGUACAGCUCACUCCAGAUGAUGAUGACAUUGUGAGGAAGAUUGAUCAGUCUGAAUUUGAAGGUUUUGAGUAUAUCAAUCCUCUUUUGAUGUCUGCAGAAGAAUGUGUCUGAUCCUCAUUUUUCAACUGUGCUUUCUCCUUAUGUUGCCAUUUAAUGCAUGGAUAAGCUUGUUACCAGCCUGGAUACAACUAACCAUUUUAUAUUUGCUACCCCUCC